UUAUAUGGUUUUACAUAACUUGGCAACACUUCUCUCAUUCUCUCUUCGUUGUACUAGCAUGCGGCAAGGUCAAUAAGAAGUUCAAAAGAUAAUUUAAAAUUAUAUUUGAAGUAUAAAUAAUUCUCCGAGAAUGGCUAAUGUAAUAAGGAACUGUUUGUUAACGAAACAGCUAUCAAAUUUUAAAAAUUUGCGUGGCCUCCAAUCAUUAAGAAAAAAGUCUGAUGUUCGCACUGUAACUCUCAUUCCUGGUGAUGGUAUUGGUCCUGAAAUAUCUGUUGCUGUGCAGAAAAUAUUCAAGGCUGCAAAUGUUCCAAUUGAAUGGGAAGUUGAAGACGUGACUCCUGUAAAAGGACCAGAUGGUAAAAUGGGCAUUCCCCAAAGAGCCAUUGAUUCCAUUAAUAAAAACACAAUUGGUUUGAAAGGGCCAUUAGCAACUCCUAUUGGUAAAGGACAUCGAUCUCUUAACUUAGCUAUUCGACAAGCCUUUCAUCUGUAUGCUAAUGUUCGACCUUGUCGAUCUAUUGAUGGUGUUGAGACUCUCUACAAUGAUGUUGAUGUUGUUACAAUAAGAGAAAAUACUGAAGGUGAAUAUAGUGGAAUAGAACAUGAGAUUGUACCUGGUGUUGUUCAAAGCAUUAAACUUAUCACAGAAAAUGCAUCUCACCGUGUUGCAGAAUAUGCCUUUGAAUAUGCCACUCAGAAUAAUCGUAAAACUGUGACAGCUGUUCACAAAGCUAACAUUAUGAGAAUGUCUGAUGGCUUGUUCCUUCAGUGUUGUCGAGAAGUUGCUGAAAAGCAUCCUAAUAUUAAAUAUGAAGAAAUGUAUCUAGAUACAGUGUGCUUAAAUAUGGUCCAAGAUCCUGCACAGUUUGAUGUUCUGGUCAUGCCAAAUCUGUAUGGAGAUAUUUUAAGUGAUUUAUGUGCUGGCCUUAUUGGAGGUUUGGGAGUUACUCCUAGUGGAAAUAUUGGGAAAGGAGGAGCUGUUUUUGAAUCCGUUCAUGGAACUGCUCCAGACAUUGCAGGUCAGGACAAGGCUAAUCCUACUGCUCUUCUCUUGAGUGCUAUUAUGAUGUUACGGCAUAUGAACUUAACUAGUUAUGCCGAUAAAAUCUCUAAAGCCUGUUUUGAGACCAUUAAAGAAGGCAAGGUGAGAACAGCUGAUCUUGGUGGUAAAGCUAAGUGUUCAGAGUUCACAGAAGAAAUCUGUAGCAAAAUAGCUGCAUUAUAAAUCAAAACUUAUGAAAGAGUGAUGUUAGAAUCUUAUACUUAGAAAUAUAGGAUCAAAAGUUUGCCAAAGGCAUGAGAACCUUUUUCUUUUAAACAACUUUAAAACUUCUAGAAUUUUAUCUAAUUCUGGUUGUUUUGUAUUGCAUCACAAUAUAUUUGUUCAUUUUGUUUCGUACAAUAUCUUACUUAAGACACUCUUGCCAUGGUACAGGUUUUUCUAUUGAAUUCUGAAUUCUAUAACUUGAGAAUACUGAAAGAAUUGUUGCAAAUCAUAUUAUUAUUAUGGUUCAGAAAAUAUAAUCUUUAAUGCAAAGUUAAUCUUUUAAUAAUUCUAAAUUGAUAAAACAUUUUUAGAAUCAUAAAUUUUUUUAUAAUACUAUGAUAUUGUAAAAUAGGUUUUGGAUUAAAAAGGGAACUUAUUUUUUGAGUGUCCAUUUUUAGAAUUUUUGUGUAGAACAACAAUUUGGUGCAUUUUUAUUUAUAUAUGAAUUUAUAAAAUUGUAGAGCUUUGAUUUGUAGUGAAACUGGUAUUUUAUUGAAAUGUUUGUCUUUCUACGUUCUAGUUUUUAUUAAACAUUGCUUGUUUCCAAAGUGCUCUGUAAACUAGUCAUUUUAUCUGAUACUCAGUGGGAAUUUUGCGGAAAGCUUAUCUUGUUAUUAAUCAGGCAUUUGUGUACGAGUUUUAUAUGUAAUUAUUUAUUAAUGUUUGUUUUCCCACUAACUAGUCAGGUUUAAUGACCUAGGCCACAGGAAUUUUUUUUCUUUUGGGAUGUACAAUUAAUUUGUUCCAUGCUGUAUUUUUUUUUUUUUAAUUUAUAAAUGUUUAAAAAUUGUUUAAAAAAAUUACUGCUAUAUUCUGAUCUGUUACUGUUCAUUAAUUUUUCAAGUUACAGAUAGACCAAAAAAUUGUGUUCAUGUAUUAUUGGAUUUAUACAAAAUAAAUAACAAAUUUGUAGCUGUUUA